CUCUUCCUCCUCCUCUUUCUCAGUCAGCAUCCCAACAGGCCCUACGCUUGGCUAAGCUCGUCCUCAUCGCCUUCUCUCUCUAUAUAUACAGGAAUCACACAAACAGACAAGCAAAAGCCUUGGCCUUAAGCUAGCUCAAGUCUCAUCUGUAGCUAAAACCAAACAAAGCCACUUGUGCUCAAGACAUCGCGCAGAGAGAGAGAGAGAGAGAGAGAGAUGGGAAGACCGCCGUGCUGCGACAAGAUUGGAGUGAAGAAAGGGCCAUGGACACCUGAAGAAGACAUCAUGUUGGUGACUUACAUUCAAGAGCAUGGACCUGGGAAUUGGAGAUCUGUUCCUACUAACACAGGUUUGCUCAGAUGCAGCAAGAGCUGCAGGCUCAGAUGGACUAAUUACCUCCGUCCCGGUAUCAAGCGCGGUAGCUUCACCGAUCAAGAGGAAAAGAUGAUCAUCCACCUUCAGGCUCUUCUUGGUAACAGGUGGGCGGCCAUAGCUUCAUACCUUCCUCAGAGGACUGACAAUGAUAUCAAGAACUACUGGAACACCCACUUGAAGAAAAAGCUGAAGAAGCUUCAAGGCCAAGCAAGUCCUGAUGAUGAUGAACAUAAUCAUCACCAACAAGGGUUCACGACAACUUCACAGUCCAUUCCCAAGGGCCAGUGGGAGAGGAAGCUCCAAACCGACAUUCACAUGGCCAAACAAGCCCUCUAUGAAGCCUUGUCAUUGGACAACCAACAAAGCUUCUUGAAAGAAACAACAAUAGCACUUGGCGAUGGUGACGAUGAUUGCAACAGACCACCACACCAAGAAUCAAGCUAUGCAUCGAGCACCAAGAACAUCGCAAGGUUGCUCGAUGGAUGGAUGAAGAGCUCACCGAAAACAGGGAAGAUCAAAGCGGAAAAUGCUGUCCGCUUCACAAAUGUUUCCAACAAAAUGGCUGCCACCGCAGGUUCGAGCACUAGCGAAGGCGGUAACGCGGCAACCCCAGAGUGUUUUGACUCGCUCUUCAGCUUCAACUCCUCGAACUCCGAUGUGUCCCAAUCAAUGUCGGCAGACGAAAACAAUGUUAAUCUGACGCCGGAAACAAGCGCGAUUUUCCAAGAGGAGAGCAAGCCGAGCUUGGAUAGUAAUCAUAAUCAUCAAGUGCCAAUAAAGUUGCUUGAAAAAUGGCUGCUUGAUGAUGCUUCAGUUCAAGGACUACAAGAUGAUUACCUCAUGAGCAUGGCAUUAGAUGCGGAUGCUUUGUUCUAACAAAAGCUAGAUCUAAGUUAGGGAAGUGAUCAAUUCUUGCAUGGAGAAGGUCCAGUCGAAUGGAAAUAUCCAGGUUUAAUCAAGUUCCUGUGAUUGGUCCCGAUCGCAUUGGACCGGGUCUAUGCAAGAAUUUGGCUAGCUAGGAAGACACUUUGUUUGUCUUUUAUGUUUAUUAUAUAGGUCACGAGCUGUUUUUUCUGGCUGAAAUCUUGCUUGUUGUAGCCCACAACUGAGGUAAAUAUUCCCUUUCUAGAAGAAGAACGAAGCAAAUUAAGUGUAAAAUUGAUGUGUAAUGUAAUUUUGUUUACUUAUUAUUAAUAGGAGACAUAUAAGUAUGUGCUUUUGCA